UAUAUAGCCUGUUAGUGGAGACACGUUUUGCACAAUUUGAGGAAAAUUAACUAACUGGUGAGGAUCAACAAACUGAACCGAAUAGUACGAACGUAUUGUACAAUUGUUUUACGUACAAUGGGGAAACGAAAGGCUAGUGGAAUUGCAGGAAAUCCAAAUCAGGAUUUGUGUGACUUCUUAAUGGGUGUGAACAAAAUUACAGAAUUGGCAGAUUACGAGCGGAACGUCAGUAAGAAUAUUUAUAAGUACAAUGCCUAUCGCAAAGCAGCUAGUUCUCUGAGCGGUUUGUCCCACAGAGUAAUAAAUGGUGACGCAGCAAGAAAAUUGCCAGGAAUUGGAGAGAAAAUUGCGAAAAAGAUCGAUGAAUUUCUUAAUACUGGAAAGUUACAAAAAUUAGAAGACAUUAACAAAGAUGAAACAAAUGUUGCGAUUAAUUUGUUAACACGUGUGUCUGGUAUUGGGCCUGCAAAAGCAAAGGAAUUAGUAGAGGCUGGCAUUAAAACUUUAGACGAUUUAAGGAAGCAACAGGACAAGCUCAAUCGUCAUCAAAAAAUUGGUCUGGAAUACUUUGAAGACUUCAAGGAAAGAAUUCCCAGAGAGGAGAUAGAACAGAUCGAGAAAAUUAUGAAAGACCAUAUCAUGGAGCUAAGCAGCGAGUAUAUCAUAACGAUUUGUGGAAGCUACAGGCGCGGAAAAGAGGAAAGUGGAGACAUUGAUGUUCUACUGACACAUCCGUUGUAUACUUCCAAAGAAAAAGAGUCUAAGAAAAAAGUUUCAGUCCUAAAGAAUGUUGUGGAAUGUCUGGAGAAGAAAAGAUUGAUUGUCGAUACAAUAUCUCUUGGGCCAACUAAGUUUAUGGGUGUCUGUCAACUUCCAAAUAGCUGCAAGCCAUGCAGGAGGCUUGACAUCAGGCUGGCACCAUACGAUCAGUAUUAUUGUGCUGCUCUUUAUUUCACUGGAAGUGACCUCUUCAAUAAAAACAUGAGGGCUCGAGCUUUAGAAAAGAAAUAUACUUUGAAUGAAUAUACAUUGAAACGUCUUACACCUGAAGGAGUGCCAAGAGAGCCAGAAAAAAUAUCAUCCGAAGAGGAUAUUUUUCGAUUUCUGGAAAUGUCAUACAAAGAACCAAAAGAUCGAAAUGCUUAAACGCAAAUCCAUUCUACGCGGAUGUUUGUAUUUUUUAGUAGUUUACGCAUUGCUUCAUUAUUUAUUAAGCAA